AUGGCACUCUCUACGAUCGAGAAAAGCUGGUGGAAAGAAGCCGUGGUCUACCAAAUCUACCCGGCCAGCUUCCUUGACACCAACGGGGAUGGCCUUGGUGACAUUCCCGGAAUCAUCAGCAAAGUCCCAUAUAUUAAGUCACUUGGAGUCGACACCAUAUGGCUUUCUCCUAUCUUUGCAUCCCCCCAGAAAGACAUGGGCUACGAUGUGGCCGAUUAUCGUUCCAUCCACGCACCCUACGGGACGGUCGAAGAUGUCCAAACUCUCAUCGACCAACUGCACGCAAAUAAAAUGCGUAUUCUCAUGGACCUCGUGGUCAACCAUACCAGCGAUCAACAUGCCUGGUUCAAGGAAUCCCGAAGCUCCAAAUCAAAUCCUAAACGUGACUGGUAUAUUUGGCGAGACCCGAAGUACGACGAGGAGGGGAAUCGCAAAGAACCAAACAACUGGAGGUCCAUCUUCGGCGGUAGUGCGUGGGCAUUCGACGAGCCUACGGGACAGUACUACCUAGCCCUUUUCUUGCCCAGCCAACCUGAUUUGAACUGGGAGAGCCCUGCAAUGCGUGAAGCCACGCACGACGACAUGCGAUUCUGGCUAGAUCGCGGAGUUGACGGGUUCCGCAUUGACAGCAUGAAUCUAAUGUCCAAGCACCCAGAUCUGCCUGACGGGAAAAUCGUCAACGACGAACCUUACCAGUCUGGUGCAGAGUUCUUUGCAUCUGGUCCCAAGAUGCAUGAUUACAUCCGUGAGAUCAGGUCAAAAGUACUUGAUAAUUACGAUGUCAUGACCGUGGGUGAGCUGGGCUUCACCAAAGACGAGCAUUCUGUCAGUGAAUAUGUUGCCAAAGACAGGCAUGAAUUGAACAUGCUGUUCACUGGCGAUAUCGUGGACAUGGACCAUGGCGCGAACGGAAAGUAUGAACGGAACGACUUCCAUCCUCGAAGAAUCCGGGAGAUCACCAAUCUUUGGCAAACGGCAAUGCCCAAGUUCGAGGGCUGGAACACUGUCUACCUUGACAAUCAUGACAGCGGCCGGUCCGUUUCCCGGUAUGCCUCUGAUGCACCCGAGCACCGCGCCACUGCAGCCAAAAUGCUGGCUACGUAUCUGACGACCCUGAGCGGGACACCCUUCAUGCUGGCUGGUCAGGAGAUCGGCAUGGCCAACCUCGGCGAGGAAUACGGGAUCGAUGCAUACAUUGAUGUCGAGGGCAGGAACCACUAUAAUGCUAUCCUGAAGGCCCGAGGAGGCGACAGCACCAAAAUGGGCGAUGUGCUGCGGGAAAUGCAGCUCAAGUCUCGAGAUCAUGGCCGGCUGCCUAUGCAGUGGGAGAACUCACCGAAUGCGGGUUUCACCGCUGGAAAACCUUGGAUGACGGUCAAUCGAGACUAUGUGGACUGGAAUGUAGCCAGUCAGUUAGAGGACCCCCAGAGCAUCAUGGCAUAUUGGAAGGAAGUGAUCGCGCUGCGAAAGAGAUUGUCUGAUGUUUUUGUCUAUGGCUCUUAUACACCUCUCUCGGAGACCGAGACCGGUGAAAUGGUUCUUGGGUUUGAAAGGGAGUGCAAGGAGACGGGCCAGCAAGCGGUGGUGUUAUUGAACUUCUCUCAUGGUAAGUUGAGGGUUUCAAGCGAGAAAUACGCAAGCUGGCGUGUUCUCAUCUCAAAUCAGGCCGAUCAUCUCGGGGAGGAGGUCGAACUGAAGCCGUUUGGCAGUUUGGUUCUGUUGAAUAUUUGA